AUGUCGUCUGCGCAAGAGACUAUUGGUGUUGCGAUGGGUGCUUUCGACAACCCCGCCGACGACUCUGCCAAUGAAGAAUUAUCAGACGAACUACCUUUCUUCGAAGUCGGACUUUUUCCUGGGGGCGAUGAAGGCAGCUCGUUUCGAACACAAAAUGACCCUGCAGCUCCUCUCCAGCGCAGUAAUUAUAUUGAACGUCAUGGGGCUGUGGACAUUCGAUGCUCCUGUCUUGAUGUGAUACACGGGUUCUUCUCAGCGGAAAGCGAGACAUUCUCGACACUCAUAAUUUUGCAAUUCCGAUUCGAUUCCCGCAGGAAGGCCAGGCGAUUUCAAGCUGUCAGUAUCUCGCUCGAAUUUGGGAGCAUGAAGCCAGGUGAGACAGGCCCUGAAGUGUUCUCAAUAUCGCCAGAUGGAGUUCUAUCUUUGGUACCCACUUCUCAGCAUGAAGAGGUGUCACGCGAAGCCGGUCUGGACGUUGGGGGUGGAUUUUUGGGCGCGACCGCAAUAGCUAAAGUUGGUUGGACGAAGACUGUCAGUCGAGACACGAAUGAUCAGACGACAGUCACCGGAUCAAUCGAUUUGAAAGGCCGGAACUGGGGAAAGCCAAACUGUGCUUCGUGGACUCUACAGGAGAACGCCACCACAAAGACUGGAGUUCCCACAAGCAUGCGGACUGCAAUUCUUCUAAAGAGGAAGGAUGAGAAUCCCUUCCAGUGCAUUGUCAAGAUCAAUGCCACAGUUGACGUCAAGAGUGCCAUGGAGCGUGUCUUUGGAGGAAAGCCGAAAGACGACCCGGUUCUUUUUGAUCCCAGUCUGGAGCCGACCAAUAAUUUGCAAAAGUACGAUAUCGAAGAAUUGGGGGCCAUAAAUUUGGAGGGCCUCUGUGAGGUGACACAUGCUAGGGCACGAUGA